CUUGAAUCAAAUGUCUAAUGCAUACUCGGAGUUCACAGUUAGCUGUUAGUUAAAAGGUAUUGCUACAUAGCGUCAUUUCAUUUUAGGUUUGUAAACUUGUCAGUUAACUUUAUUCCCUGCAUUUGGGUAUGUUGAGUUAUUUAGGCAAGAGUUAAUUAUGCUGUUUAAUGACAUACUAAUAAUAAUUUACUGAUAUUGAAUUUCAGUUUCUGUAAAAAUGGGAAAUAAAAAAAGAAAAGCUCUCCUGAAGACACUAAAAAAUGAAGGCGAAUAAGGAAACUUGCCAAUGGAAGAAAUCAUAAAUACAAAGCAAAUUUGUCUGAAGUAAAGUUAGAACGGCAAAGAGAAAGAGAACGGUACCAUCGCUUACAAAAAAAAUUAAGUUGGUUGGUGUAAUAACAGAAAAAAAGAAGAAAGAGAGCAGAAAAGUCUGGUGAAAACGAAAGGCUAAGGAAGUAGAAAAAAGAAGAUGAAAAUAUGUUAAGAAAUACUCCGCCCAACAGUGACACUGAAGGCAGUUUAGCACUUACCGGAAGAGAUUCUCGUCAAAAACAAGUUGGAUGAAAAUGGUUUGAAAAGACAGAGCCAAAGCAUACAGAAAACACAAAACUCGAAAAGUCAAGAAACGGUUUCAGAGAGAGCGAUUGAAAAAAACAUCGCCUUCACCUAGAAAGUAGACUUUCGUUGCAAUUUGAAUAUUGGAUAUAAUGGUGAUUUGAUCUGCAAAGGAAUGUCUUUAAAUUAAGAAAUGGCAUCACAAGGGACUUUAAACUGCCUUUCAGGGACUUUUGGACAAAUUCCAAGAGAUAUAUUAGAAAGUGCGAAAUUUUUUUCGUAUGACAGUGAAAAUGAUGAUUUUACAUGUGUCCUGUGCAAUAAAAUAAUCCAGACAGUUAAAUGUGAUGAAAUGUAUGAUGAAAAGUCUACCACAAAAAACUUUCAUAAACAUUUAUUAAGUCAUAAUCACCAAAGGAAUUGUGUUUCUUUCUCAGAUCUGUGCUUGAAAUUGAAAAGUAUAUUUCAAGGAAAUAUUCCUCAGAUUGUAAAUAAUAAUUUAAAUGUUUUGAAUAUUAUUGGUGGAAAGUAUAAGUGUGCUAUUUGUGAUAAAAACCUAAAUGUCUCACAGAACAGCCAGUCAACAGAAGCAAACUUUUCAAAACAUUUAAUGUCAUAUGAACAUGAAGAAAACCUACAAGAGUUCAGAGAAACUAUUAGUAAUUUACAUGACAUUUAUGGAGGAAUCCCUGACUUUAUAAUGAGCCACAGUCAGUUUUUAAGUAAGAAUGGUAAUGACUAUACCUGCAAUAUUUGCAAUAAACACAUCCAGGUCCAUCCUUCUGAUAUUGAUAUAACUGAAAAUAAUUUUAGAAAACAUCUCCGCUCUUUGAACCAUGUGAAAAAUGCCAAAGUGAAAAAUGCUUUUUCUCUUCAUCCUGAACUAGAACAAGUUUUCAAUUAUCAUCUUCCGAACUACAUGUUAAGAAAUAUUGAAUAUAUCAGUGUCAAUGGGGCAAACUUCUUCUGCUGCCUAUGUUUUACAAAUAUAAAAUUCAACCGUCAUAAUCAUUAUGAAACAGAACAAAAUUUUAAACAACAUAUGUCAUCAUCAGAUCAUGAAGAAAAUUUAAGUCACAGAAGGAACACUGAUGAUAAAGUGUUCAAUAUUCUUCAUGAAUUAUUUGAAGAAUUUUCUGAUGUUGUCUUGGAAAACUUAAAAUAUUUAAGUGUAGAUGGAGAUAAUUUUUACUGCACUGUUUGUGAACAGACUAUUGAAAAGGGUGAAGAUAAUGAGGAAACAAGAGAUAAUUUGAUUUUCCAUUUUGAAGAGUCGGGUCAUGAAAAUGUAGUUGAUGACGAACUGCAAAGACAAUCAGAUCUGAUUAUGAAGCUUGAAGAUGUGUUUGGAAGUAUUCCAGAACGAAUCAAAGAUAAUGUAAAGUACAUUGAGUUCAUGGGAGGCAAUAACUUCAGAUGCAUCUUGUGUAACAAAACAAUGCAGUCAAAAAUCAAUGGAGACGAUUAUGAACACACAACUUCAGUAACAGAAGAGAACUUUGUAAAACAUCUCGACUCAGACAAGCAUAGGGAUGAAGUAGAAAAGGAGGAAAAUGAUGAAGAUCUUCAAAAUGAUUUGGGAGAAUUAUUCUCCAUUGUUCCUCAGUACAUCAUGAACAAUUUAGAACAUCUUGGUUAUGAAAACAAUAGUAAUAACUUCUACUGUGUAUUGUGUGACAAAACCAUUGCCAUUGUCAAUGGAAAUAAAAAAGAAGAAUGUACAGAGCAGAAUUUCAGAUCCCAUCUACUGUCAGUAGGCCACAUGGCUAAAUUGAAAUACAAAGCCAAUAAAGAAAUGGAAGUGAUUGAAAAUCUGGAGUUAAUAUUCAAUGAAGUACCAAACUACAUUUUAAGCAACAUCGAGCAUAUAACAGAUGAAGAUGGUCAUUUCUUUUGCUCACUGUGUGAUGCUCAAAUUAUGGUAGGUAAAGAUUCUACAUCAUCAGAGCAAACAUUCCGGAGUCAUAUUUUUGGCAAUCAACAUAGAUCUAAUGUGAAAAAAAAUGAAGUGGAAAAUGGUAUCGCGAUGCAAAGGUUUGAUGAAAGCUUUUGGCGUAUACCUGAAUUCAUUUUGAGGAACAUUGAUUUCAUUUCUCUAUAUGGAAGUGAUGAGCUACAUUGCAGUUUGUGUCAGAGAGUUUUGAACAUUGAUGAAGAUGACUUGAAAGCCACAAAAUGGAACCUCCGUUGCCAUAUUGAGUCUUUGGAGCAUCAGCACCACUUGAAGAGUAUGUAAGAUAAAUCAUAGUGAGAAAUUCUUACAGUUUUCCAAGUUUUAAAAAUAUAGGCUUCCCUGACUAAUUUGUUUUAUGAUUUUAAUCACAAUGUACUAACAAGGGAUAGUUUUACUUGCUGAAUAUCAUUCUAUUUAUUAAGUAGCAGUGCAAUAGUAGGAUGUCUCGUAGCAGAUGUGAUUUACUUUAAGGUUUAUGUUAUUUAAAUAGAGGACAUCAGGGGUAGAGUUCAGUAAACGACCUAGUUUUUAUAUCAAUAUUAGUUCUUAAUAAGAAUUAUCAAUAGUUUCAACCAAUAUUGUUAAAUUAAUUGUAAUUUAUUGUUGAACUUUUUUCAGUUGGCGAACCAGAAUGCCUCUGGUAUGAUUAAACCUUAGUUUUGAUCCGUAAACUCAUGGUUCUUCACCUGUUAUAACACGUUUCAGUAAUUCUGCGUUGAUGUCGACUUCAUUUAGUGACUCCUCAGCAACUUCCAUUCACCAUUUGUUCAAAAUUCAGCAAUUUUGGAACAAAUUUUUCUGCCACAGGUUUCAUACCCAAAAUAUUCAAAAAAAUGUAAUGGCAUGAGCCAAUUAAUCCAACAUCAUCAGCGACUUCUCUCAUCUUAAUAAAACAUUUCUUUCAGGUUUUCAUCUUGUUGUAGAUGUGCUGGGGCAUCCAGAGUGUUUGUCAUUUUCAAUGUCUUUACUGCCAUCUUUGAAACGUUUAAACCACUUGUAAACCCUUAUUUUACUCAUAGCAGACUUACAAUAGGCCUUUGUUAACAUUUCCCACACUUUAUUUCAUUUUUCAUAUAAAAUUUUAUACAAAGUCUUUGAUCUAUUUUAAAAAGAAAAAAUCACUUGAGUUCAUAAAUUACGUCUAACCUUAUCAGCAGCCAUUGAAAACGUAUACAAUGAAUACAGAUGAAAACUGUAUUAUACUUCAGGAGCAUUAGCAAAAACAUAUUGAACAAAUCUUUACAAUCGGACUCUUCCUACUAACGAAACUUAAAAAUGCCCGUUACUUUUUGAACACACAUAUAACAUGUCACCUGUCUGCAUUGAUGCCAACUGGCAUCAACAUAGCUAGGUAGUAUAUGUUGAGCACACACCAUCUAUCUGCCUUAGCUUAGCUGGGCUUUCUUGUUGGUAUGGAUCUCAGUACCGAAAUAGGUGUAAAAUGAAAUCAAGACGAGCCCUUGUUUGUGGAAUAUAUCAACCAAUAGUAUGAAUGGUCACAGAUUAGUUGAGUAUUUCACCCAGAUUGUAAUGAAGUGACUCCUGAACAUAUGUAAUUAUAAAUAUUACACAAGAAGUAAUACAACACUGGUUACAUAAUAAUAGAUUAGGAUUUGUCAAGUUAAAUAUAAUAUGAGAUUAAAUAGGUAUAAUCUGCAUUACAGCUACUGUAUUUCAAUUUAUUACUUUGAAAUAAAGGAAACUAAUUUUAUAAAAAACAGAAUACAGAUGUUAAAAUUUGUACAACAUCCAUUUUUUCCUAUACCGGUACAGACAGAAAUCAUAUGCAUAAAAACUAUUAGGUUUUAAGUUUUUCAAAAUCCAGUAGUAUAUUCAGACUUAAUAAGAAGAAUUGAAGCCAGUAAUGUCUGUCUCUGUUUCAUAUAAUUUUAAGAUGAAGCAUUUACUGGGGCUAAUUUGAGUCUAGGAAGUUAGUCAUUUAACACUUUGCUACUUAAAUAUAUUCCUCCCAUUACAUCUAUUCUGUUUUCACAAUUUAAUAAUUCUCAGUAUGUACUCCAACAUAAUUCAAUUCUGUGGUGGAUUCUACCUGAGCCAGUAAUCCUGCUUGGGUGGAUAUCAGAUAUCUGUAAAAGACUUUCUGCUUUACAUGAUUUGUCAUUCAUGUCCUCACUGUGCUAGAGGCACUCUCAAACUUGGUUGUAGUACUGGCCUGUUUGUGGGCGAUGAUAAUGAACAAUGUUACUGAUACCAGGUGUGGGCGAUGAUAAUGAACAAUGUUACUGAUACCAGGUGUGGGCGAUGAUAAUGAACAAUGUUACUGAUACCAGGUCAUCACUGACAGACGUUUACAACUGGUCUUCACAACCAGUUUCAUAUUCCAUCCCUUGGUCUCUGGCCUGUGAGUACACAAAAUCGGUAAGUUCUUGCUGCCAUUAGUGACUACGUGCCAACUAUCUCCAGUACAUUCUAAAACUGAACAGAUCUUUCUUCUCAGUGAUGAAGGAAGUUAUGAGAGAAGCACCAUCACUAGCUAGCAACUGGAAGAAGACAUUGUUCUUCCCCCAUGCCUAGUCAUCAGGCUCAUUGAAUGGAAUCUGCAGUUAUGGAGGUGUUAGGCAGCUAAGAACCAUAUUCUUCCUCAACAUCGAUAGCCUUCAUUCUGGUCUUGUCAUCGUGGAGCCUAAACCAGUUUCAAGGGACUACGGUGCAGAAGAUGAUUCUCCACAUCUCUUUUCUCUAGCAGAUAAUCAUAUACAACGUCAUCUUGUCUGUCCGAUUUGGCUUGUAGCUCCCUACUGUUACCUUUUAGCUAGCAAACCACUUACCUUCGGUUUGGUGAAGGUGCUAUUCCCUCAUAUUUAGUACCAGAGCCAUUGGUAUCAUCUUGUACAAGUCAUUAUCAGUUAUGUUGGUCCUCUAGCAUUUUAUUGUCAAUUUUCAGACUUUCACCUGAUUAUAAUGAUUUGUCCUUCAAUAAUCAGAUGACUCUUGCAGGAGUUUAUCUCUUAACACGAGCUUCAGCGAACACCAAAAAGUAUUACCUUCUACUGUUGGAAGUCAGUACAAAAGGCCAAGAGUCAUGGUUUAGCAUUAACAUUUAUGUUAUGUUCCUUAAAUGAAUUAAUCAACCUAUUGAUAUUAUAUACUUGACUUUAACUGCAAAUGCACUGAUCUUUUGUUAAACUUUUAAGCAAUACCAAAUAAAUGUUGGAUAACUUGAACUGGGCAUAUUUGAAUUGUACACAAAUAUAAUUUUUUUAUUAUCUAUAGUCUUGGAGUAGGAAAAAAUAUAUAUAAUCUAAUUUAUGUAUUAUUUUAUGCUUAAUACUAUUAUGUAUUCAUUAGGGACAUAUCCCUAAAUACAACAAGCAAAUUUCUAAAUACAUAGAGCAUUGUUGCAUGUGCUUGAUAAUCUUGCAAUUAUGUUUCUUUGUUCUAUAUUUCCUGUAUGAAUAUAACUGUAUGUUUGUUGGAAAAUAAAAUAAUCUUACAAUUA